AUGUUAAGUCUGUACGUUGCACGCGCACCUGCCGCAGUGGAAGCUGAUAAAAGCGUUUCCUCUCAGGUGACGCUGUUUGUCCGGAGGAGCCGCGUGCGGGCCGACAUGGGCUACCACCGCUUCAUUUAUUUGUUUUUUCUCGCAAGUCUCAGAGUUUCCGGAGGCCAACAACUGGGAUGCCGUCAGGGCCUGUGGCAGUGUGACGAUGGAAGCUGUAUCCCUGAUAUCUGGAGAUGUGAUGGAGAUGGAGACUGUCUGGAUGGAUCUGAUGAAAUGGACUGCACUGGGUCAUCUGAAUGUCCACCCGGUCAGUUUCCUUGUUUGGACUCUGUCGGCUGCGUCAACGCGACGGCCCGCUGUGACGGACAAAACCAAUGUCCCACCGGCUCUGAUGAGGAGAACUGUACAGCCCCUGAUAGCUGUUUGGACUCAGACUGGACCUGUCAAAACCACAUGUGUAUCCCCAAAGAACUGCACUGCAACGGACUGAACGACUGCAUGGACAACUCUGACGAAGGCAACUGUGGUCCUUGUGGUAAGGACAGCAUACGGUGUCCUGACGGGACGUGUCUGUCUCCUGAAGAGAGGUGUGAUGGGAGGGUUGACUGCUCAGAUGGUAGCGAUGAGCCCAUAACCUGCGGUCGUAUUUGCUCUAUGAACAACGGCAGCUGUAGCCACGUGUGUGUCGACGAGCCCUGGGGCGCUCUAUGUGCCUGUCCUGUUGGAUAUAAGCUCUCUGCCAAUGGAGCAAUCUGUGAAGAUUUGGAUGAAUGUGCCUCUCCUUUUUCUCCCUGCAUGCAUCACUGCACUAACACCAUCGGAUCCUACUAUUGCCAUUGCAGAGACGGCUUCAAACUGAAUGGAAGCUCCGUAUGUCUAGCAACAGGCAAUGCUACCAGACUGCUGAUAGUGCAGAGGAGAUCUAUAGGACUGUUGAAUGUGAAGUCUCAACAGUUUCAAGUUACCCAGACUCCAGUGUUAGACCCAGUGGCCUUGACGUUUGACGUUGCCCACGGGUGGUACUUCUGGGCCGACAGCCAAGGCAGCAUUUACAAAAGUGAUGGACAGCACAGCUGGAUAACUUAUACUGGAGAGCCUGGAAUCAGGGGUCUAGCUUGUGAUUGGCUGAAUGGAAAUCUUUACUGGACCAAUCAGAAAAUGGAGUCAAUCUACAUGCAGGCAGCUGAUGGGAACAGUUACACUACUCUGCUGAGCAAAGACAUUAGCCCAUCAGAUCUGGUGCUUAUACCUGUGGAAAGCUUGAUGUUCUGGACCAAUGCCGGCCCAGGAGACAGAGUGACAAUAGAGAAGUCAUGGAUGGAUGGUUCAGAAAGAAGCUCUCUGACGGUCCUCACUGCUCAGUCUGCCCACAGCCUCACUGCUGAUGUGGCUGCCAGGAGGCUGUACUGGAUCAGUGACUUCAGGAAGUCCAUAGAGACAGUGAAGGUGGACGGGAGUGGCCGUUACUCCUUCACAGGACUGUUCAGCAGGAGACCCGCCCUCAGCCUGGCUGUUUUUGAAGGCUUCUUCUACUGGGUUGACGACAGAGGACUGUGGCAGGUUCCACAGAACCAACCGAACCAGAGGAAAUUUCUUUGGAAAGCUGAACUGCCACUUACAACUGUUUACCAUGAGCUACAGCAGCCUCAAGGUUCUUCAGCAUGUGUAAAGACUCCAUGCCACCUCUGCCAGCUAACUAAAGGGAACCCUGUCGGAUUCACCUGCGCUUGUCCAGACUUCAAAGUGUUGUUGCUUGAUGGGACAUGUGAAUAUCCAAGAUUUAUAUAUGCUACCAUUACCAACAUCAGCCUGUUGGAGUUUAGAGGCAAAGAGUCCACUCAAACCCAGCUGUUUACCACUGACAAUGGCAUCCUGUCAUUUGAUCUGGACUGGUCCAAAGACUGGCUUUACUGGGCCAACCAAACUGGCCACAUCCAACGCACCAGUCUAACCCAGGUCAAGACUGAGGUGGUCCCAACACCUUUUCCAGUUUGUCUGAUAAAAGUGGACCCGAGGAGUGGGAGCCUUUAUUGGGUGUCAUGUGACCAAAACAGCCUCGGCACCACCGCAGCUGACAGCCGUUACACACAGCAGCUUUACCACACAACGAAGGAGAUUCGAGACUUAUACCUGGAUUGGCUGAGAGGUGGGAUCCUCUGGCUGGAGGAAGAACAGAUCCUCGCCAUGAGCAUGAUGGGAGGCAAACCCAAAGAGUUGCUGCAGUUAGCAGGAGGAGUCAUAGGGAACAUCGCCUUCGACCUCAGGGCCAAUAGUCUGCUCUGGAACUCGAAAAGGGCAGGCCUAACGACAAUGAGUUUGCUGCGAGAAAGAAACCACCAAGCUGGAAGAAGAUGGAUCAUUUCAGGCUCAGUGGUAGCUGCCUUUGAGCCCUUCCUGUUGUCCCUGUCUGAUGAUGUCAUGAUUCUGUGGGAUCGGCGUGACGGGAGACCCAUCCAGGAUGUGACUGUGAAAGGUCACAUGCUCAGUGUAAUCGCUGCACUCAGGGAUGUUCGCACAGUGCCCAGUGCUCCAGUCUGCAGUGAACCAUCUAUGCUGUGCCGACACUCACCAGUCUGCCUUUCCCAAGCCCAGUUGUGUGAUGGUAAAAAGGACUGCCCUGAUGGAGAUGAUGAGGAUUUUUGUGUCACCACGUGUCCGUCUAAAGAGGAUUUCAAGUGCAAGGACCAUCGAAAUUGCGUCACCAGGAAUCUCGUUUGUGACGGUCGCUCUCAUUGUCGCGAUGGCUCAGACGAAGUUGACUGUCCGACUGUAGCUCCUCCUGCAGUUCCAGCAAAUGUCUUGGAGUGUCACAAGGGCUCAAUGCUGUGUAAAGACAGCACACAGUGUGUUUUAUACAGUCACGUGUGUGAUGGAGAGAGCGACUGUAAGGAUGGAUCAGAUGAACUGGGAUGUGAUGCCACAGCACAGACCACGACUCCAAAUAGACUUAAUAUCAGUUCAUCAAAUGAAAUGUCUCCUUCCACAGCACCUCCUGCUGUGACUCUACCAGCCUGUAGCAGCCCGUCUGUGCUCUGUCCUUCUCUUCACCUCUGUAUUUCUCCAAGCCAGUUUUGCAAUGGCCGUAAAGACUGUCCUGAUGGCUUUGAUGAAAAGAACUGUGUGAAAAAAUGUCCCUCUAAAAACCAUUUUCGCUGCAAAGACAGUCAGAGCUGCGUCCCAAAGAGUCUGGUUUGUGACGGCCGCUCUCACUGUCACGAUGGCUCAGAUGAGGUUGACUGUCCGAGUGUAGCUCCUCCUACAGCUCGGGCAAAAGCCCUGAAGUGUCGCAUGGGCUCCAGACUUUGCCGAGAUGGGAGCGAAUGUGUUCUCUUUAGUCACGUUUGUGAUGGAGAGAAUGACUGCCGGGAUGGAUCAGAUGAAGAAGGAUGUGCUCAGGCUAAUGUCCUGAAGUGCCGCAUGGGCUCAAGGCCAUGUAAUGAUGGCGCAGAGUGUGUUUUAUACAGCCACCUAUGUGAUGGAGAGAAUGACUGUAUGGAUGGAUCUGAUGAACAGGGAUGCCCAGAAACCUGCAAACAAGGUGAGUUUCAAUGCUCCCAUGGGAAGAUGUGCAUCCCUGCAGCUCAGGUGUGUGAUGGGAAGUCACAGUGCCAGGACCGGUCUGAUGAACUGGACUGCUGGGAGCGAACCAAGAGCUGCGAGCAUCGCUGUUCUGACGGCCAGCGUUGCAUCCCAGAGAAAUUCCUGUGCGAUGGAGAGAGAGACUGCCUGGAUGGCACAGAUGAGGUGGGCUGCGACCCCACUACGGCCUCAACAACAACUGAGCUUCCUCUCCUCACUUCCACAUCAGCUUGCAUCACUCCUUCAGUUCGCUGCCCAGGUUCAUCACUGUGUAUCUCUCAAAAUCAGCUGUGUGAUGGACCGAGAGAUUGCCCUGAUGGAUUUGAUGAACUGGACUGUGUGGUCCAGUGUGAAAACCAAGACGACUUCUUGUGCAGCGACCGUAGAAAGUGCGUCCCCAGGAUGGAAGUUUGCGAUGGCCGUGCCCACUGUCCGGACGGCUCAGAUGAGAAGCAGUGUCAAUCCGCAGAUCCUACUGCUCUCUCAUCCAUCAAUUUGCUCAAUGCCAGAGCAGCCCCUCUGAGGUGCCGCAUAGGUUUCAAGCCAUGUAAAGACGGCCUGGACUGUGUUAUGUACAGCCAUGUGUGUGAUGGAGAGAAGGAUUGUCAGGAUGGAUCAGAUGAAGAGGGAUGUGCUGCUCAGUGCAAAGCAGGUGAGUUCAGGUGUUCUCAUGGGAAUAGAUGCAUCCCACCGCAGCAGGUGUGUGACGGGCAGUACGACUGUCAGGACCGAUCUGAUGAAAUGGGCUGCUCAAGGCUGAGUGAGGGCUGCCAUCAACACUGUGAUAACAACACUCGCUGUAUACCAGAGACCUUCCUGUGUGAUGGCGAGAGAGACUGCACUGAUGGGUCAGAUGAGGAAAAGUGUGGUUUGGUGGCCUGUGCCAUUAACCAGUAUCGCUGUGCUAGUGGUCAGUGUGUGUCUGAGGCUUUGAGAUGUGAUGGAUACACUGACUGCAGUGAUCACUCUGACGAGAUGGACUGCACGAGACCCCCACGCUGCCCAGGUCAGCUUCAGUGCCCACACAGCCACGAGUGCUUGCAGAAGGAGUGGCUCUGUGACGGAGAGGACGACUGCAAAGACGGGUCAGACGAGAGGGACUGUGUGACACCACCAGCAAAGUGCAGGGAAUACCAGUGGCAGUGUGGAGACAGCAGUCAGUGCAUACCUCUGUCCUGGAGGUGUGAUGGGAAAAAGGACUGUCACAAUGGCGUGGAUGAAGAGAAAUGUCGCCAGAGAAAAUGCCCCUCUCACCUUUACCAGUGUGGCAGCGGGGAGUGUGUGGACCCUGGCCUGGUGUGUAACAGCUUCACCAACUGUGCCGACAGUUCAGAUGAGGGCAUGGGAUGUGCCAAACGCAACUGCUCCAGCUCAUCAGCUCCUCAGUGUGACCAUCACUGUGUCAGCACCCCGAAAGGACCGAGGUGUUACUGUGCUGUGGGUUUCAGACUACAGUCCAGUGCUGUGUCCUGUGUGGACGUUGACGAGUGCAAUGCCUUGCCCCAGGCUGUAUGCAGGCACAAAUGCCUUAACACCCGUGGGUCAUAUGUGUGUCAUUGCCACCCUGGCUUCUUCCUGGAGCCUGACAACAAAAGCUGCAAGACGAAAGACGAGCCUUUGCUUCUGGCAUCAGUGCAGUCAGAGCUCUUACUACUGGGAGUCCAUAGCAGCAACUUGCGUCUUCUCUCCUCUGCCAGUCGGCCGGUCUUCUCACUGGAUUACGACUGGGCACAACAUAGAGUUUACUGGCUGAGCCCCAACUAUCAGAGCAUCCGCUGGACUGACAUGAAAAACUCAAAUAACAAAGGGACACUUAUCAAAGGAGUGAAGUCGGAUUUUAUCGCAGUGGACUGGGUCGGUAAGAACCUGUACUGGGUGGACGGACUCGUUGGCCAGAUUCUGGCUGUGAAGCUCAGCGAUGCCACAGUGAGAUCUCAGGACUACACUGUGGUCCUGGGUGAAGAUCUGGAGCAGCCAAGCUCAUUGGUCCUACUGCCCCACAGAGGUCUGAUGCUGUGGUCUGAGAUUGGCAGCACCCCACAGAUCGAGCUGUCUGGCAUGGACGGUUCAAAGAGGAAGGUGGUGGUCAGCCGAGGCUUGAGCUGGCCUGUCAGUUUGGCCUAUGACCUCCUGGACAACAGGGUGUACUGGGCCGAUGAGAAGCUGCGCUGCAUCGGCUCAGCCUCUCUGGAUGGAGACAACGUCAAGAUACUCCAGUUAGCCGAAACUCCAAGCCCUUUCUCCGUGGCGGUCUUCAAUGACAGAGUAUUCUGGUCUGACACAAAGAGAAGAACCAUCCGCUCAGCAGAUAAGAACACUGGCAAAGAUCAGAAGGUUCUUCUGAAGAGACCAGGGCAGCCAUUUGCACUGAAACUGAUGCAUGCCCUUUCCCAGCCAGCCACAUCCAGCCCCUGUGAUCAGAUGCGCUGCUCCCAUCUCUGUCUGCUGUCCCCGGCGGUGAAGGGCAGGUCUGGAACACAAGGGUCGCCAGUAGGUCCAGUGGUAAGGGGGCUUACGGCGGUUUGUCGAUGCCCAAAGGGGCUGCUACUUUCCAAGGACAAGAUCACCUGCUCCCUGCCUGUGGAGUCAACUUUCAUCCUGCUUUUGUCUCAUACAACAGUCUAUCAGAUUUACUUGCACUCCAUACACCGAGAUGGUGUUGCUCUUAAAAAAAUGCCAAACAGUCGAGUUUUAGCCCUUCCUGGAGUAACAGAGGCCUUGGGGCUAGAUGUGUCCAUCAAAGAGCUUUCUCUGUUUGUGGCUGAUGCAAGACAAGGAUCUGUGGAUGUGCUGAAACUGAGCAGCUCCAGGUCGAGACAGGGGUUGACACCUACUGGACAAAUCCUAAAGCUGAAGGAUGAUGUAGUCACAGCUCUGGCAGUUGACUGGGUGACCUCCAACCUCUACUGGAGCAGCACCGAGAGGCCUGAUCUCCAUGUGACCUCCCGCCACAAUGGAUACACCACCUCACUGCUGCAGGGAUCGCUGAAGGGCACCACAUCCAUUGCGCUGUAUCCCCCCUCGGGACGACUUUGCUACACAGCAAUAGUUGCAGCAGGUGGCAAGAGCCAGACAGAGGUGAACUGCGUCUGGAUGGAUGGUCGUAACAAAGCUGUGCUGUGGCGGAAGUCGAGCAUCCCCACCUCGCUGGUCUUUUCCAAUAAAGGAACCAUGAUCUAUUGGGCUGACACUGGUGAGGGAGUCAUCAGCUCUAUUGGAGUGGAUGGAUCAGGUUAUAAACAGUACAAAGCAGGGCCAGGUCUGCUCAUCGCCUUCACACAUACAGAGAACAUCCUCCUCUGGGUCACCCUGGACAAAGAUGUAACCAAAAUGUGGUUCAGUGACGGUCUCCAGCCUAAACAGCUGUGGUUUGAGACAAAGACCAUUUUGGUGGAAGUCAGAGCCUACAGCAACAGCAGCCAGUCUGGAACGAAUAGCUGCUCCAACAACAACGGCGACUGUGUCCAUCUGUGUCUUCCCUAUCCCGGGGGUCGGACAUGUAAGUGUGGGCGAGCCUUCUACAGCGUCAAUGCCACUUCCUGUGCCCACCUGCCCGAAUGCCCUACUGGAGAACAGUCCUGCUUUGAUGGAAGCAGGUGUAUCAGCAGCAGCAAGUUCUGUGACGGACACGGGGACUGUCCAGACCAGUCUGAUGAACAAGACUGUCCGAACAAAAACUCAGCACCUUUUGGGGCCAAAGCCAGUGAUGACCAUCUUCCCCAGUCUUCCUCCUCCUCCUCCUCAGCAGACUCAGUUCCUUCAGUUAAAAAAGGUUCCACAUCCUGUGAUGUCCAAAAGUGCAACGGUCAUGGCAACUGCAUCACAGAAGGCGAAGUUGUUCGCUGUCUGUGUUUGGCUGGUUACAAAGGCGAGUUUUGCCAAGAGACCGAAAGUGGACGAGGCCACGCGGCUGUCAUCCUGGGUGUCUUCUGCCUCGUUGCUGCAUUGAUGGCUGCUGCUUUUAUCUUUGCUAAAAGGAGAGCCUGGGCAUCCAUCAGAAGCAGAUCCAUGGAGAAAGAAACUCUGAUGGCUGACAUGGGCCUGCCUUGUGAACACUACGAUUCUGACUCUGAGGAGCUGGAGUCCCCAGUAGACCUGAAGAACCCCCCGCUCGUGUUAAAGACGCUUCACCCUAAAUAGACCUCUGCAUUCACUGUGGAAAUGUGAAAAUUUGUAGUUGCAGUAAAAACAGUUGGUAAAAACUUGGGGGCUGAUGCUUGGACUGUUAUAUUACAUUUGAUCCGAUAUCACAAGUUAAAUCUGAGAAUGCAUUGGGUCCUGAAUUUCAAGAUGCUGAUGCAUAUUGUCUUGUAAUAAACGUCA